UUUUGUUGCUGUCGUCGUCGUCGCUUGUCGGUGUCGUUUGUUGGUGCGCGGGGUUUUUUUUUGAUAGCUUCAAAUUGGAAUAUAUUUGCUAAGCAGCCAUAGAAAGAAGUUUAUUUUAAAAAGCCCAUAAAUUUUACUGUGAUUUUGUCGGUAAUUUGCACACAAAUACCAUUUGUGAAUGCAGAAAAGCCGAAUACUCAUCGAGCUCGCGACAAACAUAUAUGUAGAUACAUAUGUACCACACACUCACACGAAAUUCUGUUUCCGAAUCGCAAGCCACCUACAAUUUAUACAUGAAAUACACGUGAAUUGCGAAUGCAUACGAGAAAGAUACAAAUAGAAAAUAAAAAUCUAAGCAGAAGAAAAAUUGUUUGUGCAGUGUAGUGAAGUGAAGUGAAGGGGAAGGCAAAAGUAGUGGUGACCUGUGUGCCUGUAGUUGUUGUGCUUUCUAUCCGUGUAUUUCCCUCCCCCAUUUUACUGGCGCAAGUGUGAAGAGCAUAGCAGUAUCUCGCUAUGGGUAAACAAAAGAUCUACUGUGCGAAAUGCACAAAAAAGUGCUCGGGCGAGGUUCUUCGGGUGGCUGACAAUCAUUUCCACAAGGCGUGCUUCCAGUGCUGCCAGUGCAAGAAGUCCUUGGCAACGGGAGGAUUCUUUACAAAGGAUGGCUCCUAUUAUUGCAUACCCGACUACCAGCGACUGUAUGGCACCAAGUGUGCCACAUGCCAGCAGUAUGUGGAGGGCGAGGUGGUCAGCACGAUGGGCAAGACGUAUCAUCAGAAAUGCUUCACGUGCUCCAAGUGCCAGCAGCCGUUCAAGUCUGGCAGCAAAGUGACCAACACGGGCAAGGAGGUGCUCUGCGAGCAGUGUGUCUCGGGCGGCACUGGAGCCAGUGCGUCUGGUUCGCCGGCACGUCAGGCGGCUACGACGUCGCCGGCACCGCCGGCAGAGAGUCCAACGAGGGCGACGGCGCAUCAGCAGGUGACGAGCGGAGUUCUGUCGCACAAGGCGCAUCUGAAGGAGGAUUACGAUCCCAAUGAUUGUGCUGGCUGUGGGGAGCUGCUAAAGGAGGGUCAGGCACUGGUCGCCUUGGACAGGCAGUGGCAUGUCUGGUGCUUCCGUUGCAAGGCCUGCAAUGCGGUGCUCAAUGGCGAGUAUAUGGGCAAGGAUGCGGUGCCCUAUUGCGAGAAGUGCUAUCAGAAGAGCUUUGGCGUCAAGUGCGCCUAUUGCAAUCGCUUCAUCAGCGGCAAGGUGCUCCAAGCCGGCGACAACCAUCACUUCCAUCCAACCUGUGCCCGCUGCACCAAGUGCGGCGAUCCAUUUGGCGAUGGCGAGGAAAUGUACCUGCAGGGAAGCGCCAUUUGGCAUCCACGCUGCGGACCCGGACCGUCCGAGUCCGGCAUCAUCCUUAAUGGCAGCGGUGGGGGCAGGCCAGGUACCACCUCCGUCACGGGCGGUGCAUCCAAUGGCAACUUCACAGACACCGAGUGUGAUCGCAUGAGUUCAAGUGCUCUCAGCGACAUGUACAUCCGCUCCAGAACACCGAGCUUUAAUGGUUCACUUUAUUCCUCUAGCCGCAAGCAUUAUCGCACUGUCAGUCCGGGUCUGAUAUUGCGGGAAUAUGGACGACCGAUUGGCGAGGAUAUAUCGCGCAUUUAUACCUACAGCUAUCUGACAGAUGCGCCUCACUAUCUGCGCAAGCCAAUCGAUCCGUAUGACAAGACACCGCUGUCUCCGCAUUUCCAUAGGCCCGCCUCCUAUGCAACGACCAGUAAUGCGGGCUCCGUUGCCGGCAGCCGUCCGCCAUCGCGUCCUCAUUCACGUACGCGUAGUGCCAUGAAGGUCUUGGUGGAUGCCAUCCGCUCGGAGACGCCGCGACCCAAGAGUCCGGGUAUGAACAACGAGGAACCGAUUGAACUGUCGCAUUAUCCGGCGGCCAAGAAACCGCCACCAGGUGAGCAGCCCAAGAUCGAAAGAGAUGAUUUCCCAGCACCGCCCUAUCCCUAUACGGAUCCGGAGCGCAGGCGACGCUACAGUGACACCUACAAGGGUGUGCCCGUCUCGGAUGACGAUGAUGAGGAGAACGAAAAUGGCGAAAAUGGCAAACGGACCAAUGGCAAAGCCAAAAAUGGCGAAGAGCAAAUACGGCUGCAACGCGAGGCUGAGCAGCUGGAGAAGCUCAACUCGGGCAUUGGCUCGGUCAUUGCAAAGGACCUCAAAGAGCAGGCCAAGUACAGGAAAUGGAAGCAAAAUAAUCUAGAUCCUCGUAAUGCUUCACGAACGCCUUCAGCAUCCAAGGAGCCGAUAUACAAGUUGAGAUACGAAUCACCCAUUGGUGCCUCACCUUCACGCAAUCUGGAUCAUCAGAAGCCCUUCUAUGAGGAUGAGAUGUUUGAUCGUUCAACCAGCUAUCGCGGCUCCCUGGGCAAAUCUCUGGGCAAUGCGCCCAGCUACAAUGUGGUGAGCGCCCUGCGUCAUGUGCCCAAACCCGGAUACGGCUUGGCUCCACGCUCUCACACAUUCAGUUCCACAACAUCAGCCGCCGUCACGAUGCAUGGUGUCACUGACUUUUCCUAUGGAGGUCUGGGUGACAAGACACAUAGCACAGAUCUAAGCUGCGGCAAAUCAGAGGCUUCAGUUGAUUCGAUUACUGAGGGCGAUAGACGUGCCCUAAUGGGCGGAGAUUUGCCGGCGUCAAGCACAUAUUCUGGCGCAUUGUCCUAUCAUUAUCCGCAGGCAGGACUCAUCCGACGUAGUCUGCCCAACAUGGCGCACUCGAUGCUGGUGCACGAGCCUGCCAAAAUUUAUCCUUAUCACAUUUUGCUUAUUACGAACUAUCGUCUACCAUCAGACGUUGAUCGCUGCAACCUGGAGCGUCAUUUGUCAGACAUCGAGUUCGAGCAUAUCUUGCAGUGCGCAAGAUCGGAGUUUUAUAGGCUGCCCCAGUGGAGGCGCAAUGAGCUUAAGCGACGUGUGAAGCUCUUCUAAUUGUUAAAGCCUGGAUAUUGUCCAGAUCGGCUAUUUGCGACGAAACCAAAUUAAAACAAUUACCUAAACAUAAAAGGUUCUUAACUAUUAAACAAAUGGCAGCAAAGCAAAACAACAACCACAACAAAAAGAAAAGAAAAUGAUAAGAAAAAAAAAACUAUGCUAAUUUCACAGCCAGUUUUGAAACACGCUUUAAAUAUAUAUUUGAAACAAAAUGUAAAAGAAAAUAGUUACAUUUGAAAUAAGGACUGCAGCAAUGGCAGCUCCAGUUUAUUUUUUUAAGCAUUAGUUGCGCUGAUGACUAUUUAAAUUCUAUAAGAAAACCAAAAACAUGUACUAAAACCAAACUUCGGCAUGUCGAAGUAUAGAUACCCUUGCAGUACUACAUACUACAUACUUGAAGCUAUGUUCCUAUCAAAAAUCAAUUUAAAAAAACAAUUUCUGUCCGAUCUUGUUCAGUUUGAGCUCCGGAAUUUCUAUCUUGACAGUUAUGUGAGCUCUGCAGGGGUAUCAAAAUUGUAUACAAAUUUCAAUAAGUUAAACUUUGGCAGUCCAAGGCAUGUCCUGAAUUGCAUGAAAGCUUUUUAUAAACAGUGGCUAAUCCAGUUAUAAUGCAUCAAAGAAUGAGAAAUGAAUGUACCUACAAA